CUUCUGAAAAUUUCUUCACAAAACUUGGUAGUAGUACUGGAAGCGUAUGUUGGGAUGAAACCACUGCGUAUGGCCAUCUAGAGCACCACAGCUGUACACAGUCUCAUAGAGCUGGACCAAAUGUCUUUUUUUUUUAAUUAUAAAGUCAGAGUUUAAUAUCUGAAACAAUAGAGAAGUUCAUGGCAAAACAGAAAGCCUUCUAAAGAAGCACAUGUUCCGUUGGUUAUUUUUCCUUACAGAAAUUAUUAUAUAGGUAUCUAGAGAAAAAACAGUCGGAGGGGGGACAAAGCAAGAUGAUACUUGGUAAGCAUCCAUUAUGGAGCUGGUGUGUCAUGAAACUGAAGGAUUUUGUAGAUUGAUCAUAGUUCCUGUGCACCAAAGCCACCAAUUCUGAAAGAGACUGGGGGUUUGGGGUCCUUUUUUUGGUUUUGGUUUUUUUUUUCCCCUAUAAGAUGACAUAGGAGCAGUCAUGUCGUAUUGCAUCUAGGCUUGGUAAUACAAGAGAAACUAAAGACCGUAGGGAACGGAGCUGCUGUAGAGAGAUACUGCAGCUAUUCUCAUCUGCCAUAGUCGUCCUGAAAAAGAAAAAGAACUUGGUAUUGUUAUUUUGUGCCAUACUUUAUCUUACACUGACUCCUUGUGUAUUUCUUCUUCAGUCUUGAUUUGCAUGCUGCUUCUGGACUGUUAAACCAGGAAAAGCUUGGGUUGACCUACUUCAGCCUGUCUUGCUUUCCAAGAACAUUUGGAUUGUUUGGGCUGUUCCAGCCAUAAAAGAGAAACAGAAAUGGAUUCUCCUAAAAGAGGUCUGAACUAGGUUCUAGAGAAGGAUGAGCUGAUUACAAGGUUUGGGGAAUUUAUAUAGCUGUUGAAGAAAAGAAGUAUGUGGCCUGAGAUGACUAGGCAGCCACUUGUGAAGGCAAGACAACUGGGUGGUUUUCUUUUACUUUCUUCCACCUGGUCCUUCUGACAAUUGGAGGAAGCGUGGACAAGGGAUGUCUUGGUGAAGCAUGGAGAGAGGGAGAAGACAGGACAAGUUCAUGGAAGAAAAAUCCUUUGAGACUACUGAGUAAUAGCCUUCUGGCAGAAGAAGUUCCCAAGCUACGAAUAAAAUGGAGGCCGAGAAAGUACCUAGGAGAGGGCCUGAUACCAGCUUAGUGCUUGAUUGUCUCAGAGCUGCAGGGACACACAGAAAGAGCUGAAUUUGAUACAGAACAUUGUUUACACCAGCAAUUUGCACAUACGUACCGUGGAGGUGACAGUACUGCUUCAUAUGUUAUGUGUCACUUUUGAACACUGGAAUAUUAGAAAGAGGAGAGAUGAAAGAGGAUCCAGGAAAGUGAAGAUGGAAGUACUGAGAGACAUGACCGCAGCUGAGGGAAAAUGCAGGCACAUACUGCUAGAGAAGUAGAGGGAUAUCACCAUUUCAUUUCACACAGCUACACAAGAUGGUGGUAAAUUGUAGUCCCUGCUAGUAAGGAUGAACUUCAAUCAGAAUUAGAGACAAAUGCUCCAUUACUUCCUGCCAAAUCUGUGCACAACCUAUACUCUAGAGGUAUUUCCUCAGCCAUUAUGUCGGUAAGGUAAUGAAUGAUCUCUCCCAGGAGGAGUAGUUCAUGCCAGUUCUUGUCAGAAAGAACAGCCCCUAUUCUUAUGCCAGAUAUUUGCAGGUUUUCUGCUCUGUUCUUCCAAAAAUGAUGUCUCAGUCCAGUAUGUUUCAGUAAAAUUAAAAGGUGUGAACCUGUUUUUUUCUCCUUAAGAUGGUUUAUAGAUUUCCCAGCUUGGCCAGCCUAAGGUUUACACUCAUUAGGAAUAGAGUGUAAUUAACUAAAAUCUGGAAGGUCUAAUUAAGUGGAAAAUAGUGUCAUGCAAAGUUUAGAUGUCCAGAGCUCUCUUUCCAUCCUAUAAUCAGUGCAUAGUCAAAGUUACCUGGUUUUCAGGUCAACUUUUUUUCUAAGCUAUAAAGCUUGCAGGCAGACAAGGUGCAUUUAUUUUUCCUCCUUGCAUUAACAGCUUUCUCCCCAUCCUCUAUGGUUUAUUCUCAUUGGUCAUUUGGUAUAUCAGAGUUAAUUAGUUGGAAAGGAAAGCUUGAAAUAAGGAUUAACAGGCACCAGAGAGGGGCAAUACAUACUGAGUAUGCGAAAGAAGUGAAUAGAGAAAAGGAAGGAUUUUGUGGGUCACAGCUGAAGUCCAGGCUGAAAACUGUCAGCAUACAAUGGACUUUGUGAGAGAAAGUCUUUGAAGUAGCAGGCUGGCUGAAUGCAUGCAUAAGUAGUACAGGUUUGGUUGACCCGUAGUUUCUUCACCUUGACGCUGAACUGACAAGUUGUAAAAACUCAGUACAAAACCCAAACCAAAACAGCAAAAAAACCCCAAACAGACAUCAGAACUGACAUGAAGAAUGUUAGAGAGCACUCGUUUAAUGGACAGUACUAGGAUACCUAGAGGCAGAAGGUGUCCGGUUGACUAGACAGAAACAUCAGUAAUUUGUCUAUGCUCUGCUAUUCCUGAAUAGUUCAGAGCAAAGAGCAUAAUGGUGAAUUAAAAAAACCAACAUGGAGACAGAUUCUCAGCUCGUGUGACAUCCAUAGCUCAUUUGGAUUGACUGGAGCAGUGACAGUUUUCAACGACUGAGGAUACAAUUCUGUAUUUUCAUGUAAACAUUAUCCCCUAUGAUGGUAAAGGACAAAACAUGGAAACUCCUCUUCAUGUUCCUCUGUUCUGGCAGCAACAGCUGGAGGCCACAGGCUGCUGUGGAGCAGGUGAACAUCCACAGAGCUGAGCUGCUGCUACCGCACUAGUAGCCAUGUGGGAUGGGCUGUCUGGUGUGAGUUCAGGAGGUUCACCUCUGCCCUUCCAGAUCUGUAGGCAGCAGCAGUAACUGCUGGGUUACCUGGAUCACAGUCUGAGCCCAGGAAAGAUGGCCAGCAGGCUCAUGCUGUUCUGAAUUCUCAGAGAAGUUUCUAAAACCACAGAUAAUGUAAUAAAAAUCUAGGUGGAGGUGGUGGGAUGCAGCUGAUACAGUCUCAAACAUUAUAGGUAUUCACAGUAAAGAUCAAGUUAGCAGCAGCACCACCAACCUUAGGUGUCCUGGCUUCAUAUUAAUUUUUACAGUCCACAUCUGCCUCUCUUUGAGGUGACACGAGUCUUUUUUGUCACCACAUCCAGUCUCUUUACAGGGUGCUUUGACCUCAAAACAUUUCUGUCUGUAAAAGCUGUAGGGUUCAUUCAACCCCCCAGCCCCAGGGCAUGUCCUGCAUUGUCUGUGGGACAUGUGUGGGUGACAAGUGCAAGCUGGAGCAGAAAAGACGGCUGGACAGGGUUAGGAAGUGCAGGAGCUCUCUGGCCUCCAGGAUGGUCUGGGGCUUAAAGGAUCAGUGAGGUGGUGACUACUGUUAUCUUCAAGCAAGAGCAGUUACAACUGUUGCUACUCUCUUUCUCAGUAGAGUUUUGGAAUGCGAGUAAUCUGGAUGAGUUGUCUACCAAGCAAAAUGGAAAAUCAAAAAGAACGGUGGUGGGCCUGCAGGUUCAGGUAGCUCCUAGCAUGAGGAAGGAAAACAUACACAAAGCUCCCCUGAGCAGGGAGAGUAAAGCACAGCAAAGCCUUGUGCAAGGGCAAUAGGGAGACUGACAAAAGCAAAGGGGAGGUGGGAUGUGGACUCUCAUGGUUUCCAGCAGCAACAGCUUGGGCCUCAGAGACAAGUACUGACAAGCAUCUGGGUGGGACACUUCUGUUGAGAAGGCUAUGAGGUACUGCUGAAGGGUAGAGGAAAAUGGGGUCAAGAUUAAAAUUUUGGCUCUCAAAACAUAUUAAUUUUUUGCAAUUACUUUUGAGCCUCCUUUGAAUUCUUCCUUGGUCUUUUGCAUUGUCUAUGGCUGGCCCUGAAUUUGGGAGCCCUAGUGUGUGCAGUGAAGACAGCCUACACAUGCCAAACAAAAUACAGUCCCCUUUGUGUGUGAUCAUCUCCCCAGCAUCUGGGGACUGAGUCAUCCUCGAGUCAGAGCAACCAUAUUUGGUUAAAAUUGAAUUUUGCUGCUGUUGUAAUCCAUGGGAUGCUCUUUGGUACUGCUAACUUGUUUGUCAUCUGCCCAACAAAUUACUGCCUGGAAGCUUCUCUUUCAAUAAAAAUAUUCCUUGCCAGCCACUUUGGGUUUUAUUUGUGGAGUUGGGGUUGGGUUUUUUUGGUAACAAUUUAGGUCCUUUAGUGCUGCCAGAUAGUUUUUCCUUUGCCCAUGUUGUGCAUCGUGUGGGGAGAGCAAGCUGUUCCUGCAGUAGCCAGCUGCAGAUUACUAGGUGCUCUGAGACACAGGGGUGCUCAGCUGUACAAAGGUCAAACAUAAUGAUAAAAUAGAGGCAGAUUUCAAUUAAUGAUAUUUCAAAGCUACUGACACCAAAAGGCAAAAAGAGAAAAAUGCAUUUAAUGUCUAUAGAGGAUUUGCAUGCUGUCAAUCUUUAAUUAAGAUACCUGACAGAAAGUUCACCGUUGCAAGACAAGACAGCAGAAUGGGCACCUUGUGAAUCAAGAGCUGAGAGCAAAGGGCACCUGGGCUUGCAAAAGUACAAUUCAGCACUGGAGGUUUCACUUCAAACACAGGAGAGCUGGAAGAGAGCAAUGCUUUGGGCUGCUGCUGCUCCUGCUCCUGGGCUUUUACUUGUGUUAUUAUUACUUACUGGAUUAAGCUGUGAACCAAACCACCAUGAAAAAAAGAGACAGAAAAGAACCAUUUAUGACAAGCAGCCUCGUUUGUCCUCAGAGCAGGGUAAUUUAGUGUUCUAUGCUGGCUCCAGCAAAAAUAUUGAAUUUAGAACUGGACUACUGGGGAAAAUAAAAAUCAAUGAAGAAGACCUCGCAGAACUUUUUAGUCAGGUGAGAGAAAAUAAUGCGGAGAUUCGAGAACUUAAAAGAGCUAAUGGUGCCUCUCAGAACGUGUCCCAGCAGGUUGCUCUGCUGACCUCCCAGAUCGUGAGUCUUGAUAACAGACUUCAAAGAUUAGAGCAGGCUCUCCAGGGGAAAGCCUGCAGUAGUAACCCCUGUGAAAACUCAGGGACCUGUGUAAACUCACUGGAUGGUUUCUUUUGCCUCUGCCCCAGCAACUGGCAGGGCCUCCUGUGUUCAGUGGAUGUUAAUGAAUGCCAGAUUUAUGCUGGAACAGCGUUAGGCUGCCAGAAUGGAGCCACUUGUGUGAACACACCAGGCAGCUACAGCUGCUCCUGUACUCCAGAAACCUAUGGGUCUCACUGUGCCUUGAAGUUUGAUGACUGCCAGGGAGGAUCUCAGAUGCUCUGUGGGCAUGGCAUCUGCAUAGAUGCAGACAGGGAUCAGCCCAACAAGCCCAAGUACCGCUGUAUCUGUGACACUGGCUGGAUGUCCCCUCCUGGCAGCUCUGCCUGCAGUGCUGAUAUAGACGAAUGCAGCCUCCCUAAUCGUCCAUGUUCACAGAACCCGCUUGUGCAAUGCUACAACACACCAGGCUCCUACUCAUGUGGUCCCUGCCCCACAGGCUGGCAAGGAAAUGGCUACAGUUGCCAAGACAUUGAUGAAUGUGAAAGUAAUAAUGGAGGCUGCUCAACAGCACCAAUGGUUCAAUGUAUUAACACAAUGGGAUCCUUCCACUGUGGGCUCUGUCCACCAGGUUAUGAGGGAGAUGGACAAACGUGUACCCAGGUUGAUAUCUGCUCAAUAAAUAAUGGAGGGUGCCAUCCUUUGGCUACUUGUACCUCAGCUUCAGGGUCAAUACCGUUUUGUUCCUGCACAUCUGGGUACACUGGAAGUGGAUAUGGGCCGCACGGGUGUUCUGCUCUCAGUCAUGCCUGUCAGCUGCAAAACCCUUGUGCCAAUGGGCAGUGCCUGGCAACGAUCUCUGGAUAUUUUUGCCUGUGUAAUGUGGGCUGGACAGGCCCUAAUUGUACGGAGAACAUUGAUGAAUGCAUUAGCAACCCAUGCCAGAAUGGGGGCAGCUGCACAGAUGGGGUCAAUGGCUACUCCUGUGAGUGCACCAGCGCCUGGACAGGACCACAGUGCCAGACUGCCCAGCAAGCGUGUGGAGGAUAUCUCUCAGGCUCCAAGGGGACUUUCAGUUACCCUAACAACCCAAACAGCCAACAGUACAACAGUGGGGUCAGCUGUGCUUGGGUUAUUCAAGCUAAUCCCAGCAAGAUUCUGCAUAUUAUUUUCCCAUUCUUCCAACUGGAGGCAAGUAAUGAGUGUAACUCUAACUUCCUUCAAAUCCACGAUGGGCCUUCAGCAUCAAUGCACAUGCUGGGAAAAUAUUGUGGCUCCUCACCUCCUGCAGAGCUUUUCAGUUCCCACAGUUCCCUGUACUUUUGGUUCUACUCGAACCACACUGUUACGGCUGGAGGUUUUACUGUUCAGUGGGAAUCUCAGGAUCCUGAAUGUGGUGGUGAGCUGACGGGUACUUAUGGCUCGAUAAGCUCUCCAGGAUACCCUGGUAACUAUCCUGUAAACAGAGACUGUUUCUGGACCAUCUCAACCAGUCCUGGCCUCCUCAUCACAUUUGCUUUUGGCACACUAAGCCUAGAACAUCAUGAAAACUGCAGUUAUGACCAUUUAGAGAUUCGAGAUGGUCUUCUUCCACAAGACCCUGUCCUUGGAAGAUACUGUAGCACCCGAUCUCCACCCCCACUCCAAACUACUGGUCCGUAUGCAUGGAUUCACUUUCACUCUGAUGACUUAGUUACUGAUAAAGGCUUCCACAUUGUUUAUACAACGUCUCCUGCAGAUCUAAGUUGUGGAGGAAAUUACAUGGAUAGUGAAGGGGUUAUCACAUCCCCUUUCUGGCCUAACCCUUAUAUCAGCAACCGACAAUGUAUCUACAUUAUCCGACAGCCAGAAGAUGAAAGAAUAUACCUCAACUUCACCCAUAUGGAGCUGGAGAGUCACACUGGUUGUUCAUCAAAUUAUAUUGAGGUUCGAGAUGGUGACAGUGAGAUGUCUUCUCUUAUUAGAAAAUUCUGUCAUAGUACACUUGUGCCUCCAAUCACUUCUACCAGCAACAGUCUAUGGAUCAAGUUCAAGUCUGAUGCUUCAGUGCAGAGGGCUAGCUUCAGGGCCAUUUAUCAAGUUGCCUGUGGAGGCUUCUUGUCUGGAACAGGCACUAUCCGUUCACCUUACUACCCCAGGACAUCCCCUCACCCAAAGACCUGUGAGUGGAUCAUCUCCCAGCCAGCUAGCAAAGUGGUGAUUCUUAACUUUACCGAAUUCGGCAUUCGAAAUGCAACCACUUGUGACUCAGACUACAUUGAGGUCAGAGACGGCAACAACACAGACUCUCCUCUUUUGGAGAAAUACUGUGGUACAGCUGUACCAUCUACCGUGCAAUCUACAUGGAACAAUCUCUAUAUCAAAUUCAGAGCUUCCUCUCUUACCAACCUUGGCUUCAGAGCUGAGUACCGGCCAUCAGAUACAGUAUGUGGAAAGACUCUCACUGGACUGGAAGGAAACAUUACAAGUCCUGGUCGUCUGCAUGUCUACCCACAUGGUAUUAACUGUACCUGGAUUAUCAACAUUCAGCCCGGCUACCUUAUCCGCCUGAUGUUCACUUCAUUUAACUUGGCAUUUGAUUAUAAUUGCAGAAGAGAUUAUCUUGAAAUAUAUGACAACAGCACUGUGCAAAAAUUGGGAAGGUACUGUGGAAGAUCAGUUCCACCGUCUCUCACUAGUGGUGGCCAUGUGAUGAUGGUGUACUUUGUGACCAGUCAGAGCACGGCAUCAGAGGGCUUCUCAGCUAAAUAUAUUUCCCUGGAUGCAUCAAAAGUGUGCUCAUACAACUACAGUACUGAAACUGGUGUGCUAACAUCUCCGAACUAUCCUAAUAACUACCCUGUCCAAAUAGAGUGCAUAUACACCAUCACAGUGGGAAUAAACAGACAAAUUGUGCUGCGCUUCACCAACUUCAGCUUGGAACGGAGUACCAUCUGUAGAAACGAUCAUGUAGAAAUCAGAGAUGGAGGCUAUGAAACUUCUCCUCCUCUUGGAAAAUACUGUGGUACAGACCUGCCUCCUGUUAUAAUCUCUCAUGGUAACAAGCUGUGGAUAAAGUUUGUAAGUGACGUAUUUUUCACAGGAAGGGGAUUUUCAGCAGACUGGGAUGGUACAUCAGCAGGUUGUGGUGGGACUUUGGUGACAGCUUCUGGUAUUUUCAUGUCUCCUAACUACCCUAUGCCGUAUUACCACAAUUCAGAGUGCUAUUGGUUGCUCAGAGGAAGCCGAGGAACCCCAUUUGAAAUCCAGUUUGAACAGUUCCAUCUAGAGUAUCACUCAGAGUGCAACUUUGAUUACCUUGCAGUAUAUGAUGGCAACAGCAGUAACGCUAAACAGCUAGGUAAAUUUUGUGGGAAUCAGAUACCACAACUCAUCCGUUCCAGUGGAGACAGCAUGUAUGUGAAACUAAGGACAGAUAGAAAUCAGCAAGGUGGAGGUUUUUUAGCCAAAUACAAACAGGUUUGCCAGGAAGUACUGACUGUUAAUCGCAGCCACGGCAUAUUGGAAAGCUUAAAUUAUCCAAAUAAUUACCCAUUAAAUGAGCACUGCAAAUGGACUAUCCAAACUACAAAAGGAAACACACUCAACUAUAGCUUCACAGCCUUCCAUUUAGAAGAUGGAUCUGAUUGUGACCGGGACUUCUUGAAGCUCUAUGAUGGGCCUGAUGUGCAAUCCAACCUGAUAGGCAUUUUCUGCGGACAGUCUCUUCCACUGGCAGGGAGUACUACAGGGACCAGCCUGCAUGUGGAGUUUUAUUCUGAUGGAUUGAACACUAGAAGCGGGUUCCAGAUGCUGUGGCAUGUUAAUGGUUGUGGAGGAGAACUCUCUGGCCCUUCUGGUUCAUUUCACAGCCCUGGCUACCCCAGCAGAUACCCAAGCAAUAAGGAAUGCAUCUGGUACAUUCACACAGCACCUGGUAGCAGCAUUCAACUCACCAUUCAGGAACUUGACAUUGAAUAUCACUCAAACUGCAACAACGAUGUUUUGGAGGUCUAUGGUGGCCCUGACUUCCUCUCUCCUAGACUAGUCCAGCUGUGUGUUUCAAGAUCAGCACAGAACCCACUGCGAGUCUCUACUACUGGCAAUUCAGCCAUCGUUCGUUUCAAGACAGAUAGAGCAGUGACAGGGAAAGGGUUUAAUGCCUCCUGGCAAGAAAAUCCAGGUGGCUGUGGUGGUGUCUUCCAAGUUGCCAGUGGGGAAAUCCAUUCUCCAAACUAUCCUCAACCUUAUAGUAACAACGUAGAUUGUUCUUGGGUUAUCCAAGUUGACUACAACCACAGAGUCCUAUUGAAUUUCACGGAUUUGGACAUUGAAAAUCACUAUUCAUGUGACUAUGGCAAUGUUGCGGUAUUUGAUGGUCCCAGCAAUGAAGCACACCUUCUUAGAAAACUCUGUGGAACACAGCAUCCUCCUCCUAUCACAUCCUCCAGGAAUCUGAUGUACAUUCGACUGCAAUCUAAUGCAACCAACCAGCACAGGGGCUUCAGUGCUCGCUUUACUGAAGCAUGCGGAAGUUUCAUAGAGUCAGAUUCGGUUGGGGCAGCAAUUUCCUCCCCUCUGUAUCCUGCCAAAUACCCAGACAAUCAGAACUGCAGCUGGAUUAUUCAGGCUCAGGAACCAUUCAACCACGUCAUACUUUCAUUUACUGACUUUGAUAUUGAAAACAGCAGUCAAAACUGUACAACGAAUUUUGUGGAGAUUUUGGAUGGAAAUAACUACGAAGCUCCUCUUCAAGGCCGGUACUGUGGCACUACUAUACCACAUCCUAUCACUUCUUUUAGUAAUGCCUUGGUGGUGAACUUCAUCUCAAACAACAACUUUGCUUCUAGGGGCUUCCAUGCCACCUAUACUGCAUCAUCAUCAUCCUGCGGUGGUACUUUCCACAUGGACAGAGGAGCUUUCAACAGCCCUGGCUAUCCUGAGCCAUAUCUGCUCAACACCGAGUGUGUCUGGACAAUUCUCAGCUCCCCUGGCAACCGGCUCCAGCUGUCCUUUAUAGCGUUUCAGGUCGAAGAUAGUAGCGGCUGCACCAAAGAUUUCCUGGAGAUUCGUGAAGGGAGUGCUACAGGCACGCUGGCAGGACGAUUCUGUGGGAACUCUUUGCCUUCAAAUUAUACAUCUACUGUCGGACAUGUCCUGCGGGUCAGAUUUGUCUCAGACAGCUCAGGCACUGGUGCUGGCUUCAGGGCCACAUUCUCUCACUUGUAUGGAAAUGACAUUGUGGGAAACAGAGGACGAAUAGCUUCACCGCAGUGGCCUAGAAGUUACCCUCACGAUUCCAAUUACCAGUGGCGAAUAAACGUUAAUGCUUCACAAGUUAUCCAUGGCCGUAUCCUGGAGAUGGACAUUGAAGAUCAUCACAGAUGCCGUUAUGACAAGCUAAAGGUUUAUGAUGGGCCCACCAUUCAUUCUCGUACUGUUGCAACAUACUGUGGCACAGACCCUGCUUCUUUUGAAUCCUCUGGCAGUUCAAUGACAAUCCAGUUCCAGUCAGAUCCAUCUGUGACUGGAAAAGGCUUUCUUUUGGAGUGGUAUGCAGUGGAUGCUUCUGCUGUUACACGCACCAUUGCUAGAGGUGCAUGUGGAGGGACUGUAACAACUGAAGAAACACCUUCAUUCCUCUUCUCACCGGGCUGGCCCAUGAAUUACAGAAAUUCUGCUGACUGUUCAUGGCUUAUCAGAGCUCCUGGAUCUACUGUGGAGUUCAAUAUCCUGGCCCUAGACAUAGAAUCUCACAGCUCAUGCAACUAUGACAAACUUAUUAUCCAAGAUGGAGACACUAGUCUUUCCCCAGUGCUGGCUACUCUGUGUGGACGAGAACCUCCUGGGCCAAUAAGAUCAACUGGAGAGGCAAUGUUCAUCCACUUCAUGUCAGAUGCAAGUGUCACUGGAGCUGGGUUUAAUGCCUCUUAUCACAAAAGCUGUGGAGGCUAUUUUUACACAGGCAGGGGUGUGAUAGCAUCCCCCAACUACCCUCAAGACUAUGCUCCUAAUCUGAAUUGUUCCUGGCGUGUAGUAGUAACCUCUGGAUUUAUCAUUGCUGUCCAUUUUGAACAGCCUUUCCAAGUUAAUAGUGAGGAUACCUCCUGCAGCCUUGGAGAUUAUGUAGAGCUGAAGAAUGGAUUAGAUAAUGCUGCCCCACCUUUGGAGUCCCAGAGAGGGAAUGGACGGUUUUGUGGAAGCAGCCCGAUCUCUACCCUGUACACCACAGAUAAUCAGCUGUUUGUCCACUUCAUUUCUGACAGCAGGAAUGAGGGUCAAGGAUUCAAACUGAAAUAUGAAGCUAAGAGUCUAGCUUGUGGAGGGAAUAUUUAUAUCAAUGAUUUCAACCCCAGUGGAUAUAUAUCUUCCCCUAACUAUCCAAGCAAUUAUCCGCCACAUGCUGACUGUGUCUGGACCAUAACUGCACCUAAUGGACAUGCAGUAGAACUGCAAUUUGAAGACCAGUUUUACAUUGAACCUUCACCGAACUGUACUUCCAGUUACCUAGAGCUACGCAACGGCGCUGACUCCACUGCCCCCAUCAUUGCCAAGCUGUGUGGAGGCUUCAUGCCAGGCUCACAGAGAUCCUCAGGAGCUGUCAUGUACCUGAGGUUCAGGUCUGACAGCAGUGCCACACAUGUGGGAUUCAAUGCUAAAUACACCAUUGCUCCCUGUGGCGGGACAGUGGUAGGACUAACUGGUGUCAUUGAAAGCAUGGGGUAUCCUGAGCUUCAUUAUCGAGACAACCUGCUAUGUGAAUGGUUUCUGCAGGGCCCCAGGGGCCACUAUCUUACCAUCAGACUAGAAGGCCUGGAUAUUCAAAACUCCUCCAUGUGCACAAAUGACUUUGUGGAGAUCCGAGAAUACAACGCUUCUGGAAAUUUGUUGGGCAGGUACUGUGGUAAUACUCUCCCUGAUGCUGUGGACACCUCUGACAGUUUUGCUUAUGUCAAGUUUGUCACUGAUGGAUCAGUCAAUGCCCAAGGAUUCAGACUGCGCUUUGAUUCCAGUACCGAAGAAUGUGGUGGGGAUUUUACUGCCCCUGUUGGAACAUUUACUUCACCCAACUAUCCCAACCUAUACCCACAUAACCGAGUGUGUGAAUGGAGGAUCACAGUGGAAGAAGGUCGGCGUGUGACUCUCACCUUUAAUGAUAUGAAAACGGAAGAACACUGGAGGUGCUCAUUAGAUUAUGUGGCUGUUUACAAUGGCCUCAGACAAAACUCUCCCCAGCUGGCCAAACUGUGUGGAGAGGUAAAUCCAGGCACUGAGGUAAAAUCCUCUGGAAACACAAUGAAAGUCAUCUUGGUGACAGAUAUGUCCCAUGCAACCAGAGGCUUCAGUGUCUCAUAUUCAUCUAGUGAAGAUGCAGUUUGUGGGGGAACCCUGAUGGGAUAUACAGGUGGGAAUUUCUCUUCUCCUGGUUAUGAUGGCAUCAAAAAUUACACGAGUAACCUGAAUUGUGAAUGGACCAUUGAAAGCCCCUCCCACUAUAAUUCAUCCAUAUAUGUGUCUUUCGAAGAUUUCCACAUGGAACAUCACCAGGACUGCCAGUACGACUACCUAGAGCUACGAAUAGGGGAUGCUGAUGGCGAGCUAAUAGCCAGACUUUGCGGUCAGGCAGCACCAUCUGUGCCACUAGUCAUAGCUGCCCCCCAGAUCUGGGUACACUUUGUAAGUGAUGAAAACACAGAAGAUAAAGGAUUCUUGGCCCAUUACACGUUUGAAGCCUGUGGGGGUGUACAGUCAGGUGGAAGGGGAGUUAUCUCAAGUCCUAACUACCCAGAGCCUUACAGCGCUCUGAGUCGCUGCUCCUGGUUGCUGGAAGCCCCUGAAGGCGAAACCAUCACUCUUGCUUUUACAGCCUUCCACGUCGAAAAUCAUUCGCUUUGUAAGUGGGACUCUGUUACAGUCCUGAAUGGUGGCUCUCCUGGGUCUCCUGUCAUAGGAAAGUAUUGUGGAAACACAUCCCCUGGGACUAUUCAGUCUGGUUCCAACAAGCUAGUUGUCAUCUUCAACUCUGAUCACUCAAUUCAAGGAGGUGGCUUUUAUGCAACAUGGACAGCAGAAUCUCUAGGGUGUGGUGGAAUCAUUCAUUCAGAUAAUGGUAUGAUCAAGUCUCCUCAUUGGCCUCAAAACUUUCCCGUGAACACCAGAUGCACAUGGACCAUCAUUACACAUGAAAGCAAACACUUGGAGAUGAACUUCCACAGUAACUUCCAGAUUCCAGAUACCAAUGGAAGUUGCCAGAGCAGUUAUGUGAAGGUGUGGAGAGGAAAUGAAGAAGCAGCAACAGCUUUGUUAACCAUGGGAUGUGGAAGUUCAGCUCCUGGUCCUGUUGUUGCUCCAAACAAUGUGGUAACUACAGUAUUUCAAUCUCAGGAUGCUCCCGGGCAAGGUUUCUCUGCAUCUUUCAUAAGCAGAUGUGGAGUAAAUUUCACCAGCCCAGCAGGUCGUAUCGUCUCUCCUAACUACCCUAGUCAGUAUGAUAACAACCUGAACUGCAGUUAUAUCAUAGACCAGGGACCACAGUCACUGGUGAUCCUCGAGUUUGAGACUUUCCACUUGGAAGCCCCAGCACUCUUGAGCAGAAUUUGUCUUUAUGAUGGAUUAAGCAUCUUCCGUGGGACGAGGGUUACCCCACAUCCUCUCAUCACGCUCUGUGGUAAUCAGCUCCCUGCCCCGGUCAGUGUCUUUGGACCUACGCUGCUCAACUUCUACACUGACUCCCACGUUGCAGGCUUUGGAUUCCAGGCGAGAUACACAACAGUUGCUUGUGGUGGCAUUUUCAAUGGCUCUGUUGGUGUUAUCAGCAGUCCGGCCCAUUCAGUUCUUGAUUACCACAACAACAUGAACUGUUCGUACUACAUCACAGUUGGAAAUGGCAAAGUAGUGGCCCUCAAAUUCAACAGCUUCCAGCUCGAAAUAUCUCCCUCCUGCUACAAAGAUUAUGUGGCUGUAUAUGACGGCUCAGACACCCAUGCUCCUCUCCUUGGGAAAUUUUGUGGCUCAGAACUGCCUCCGAAUAUUAAGAGCUCCAGUAAUAACUUGUUCCUGGUGUUUAACACUGACUUCUUUGGAGCAGACAGGGGAUGGAAAGCAUCUUUCAGAGAGACCUUAGGACCUCGGAAUGGCUGUGGUGGUUACUUGACAAAUUCAGAUUAUCGCUUUGGCUCUCCAGUCUCCAAUGUGACCAGAAGAUAUGAGAAAAAUCUGGACUGUGUAUGGACCAUAACUGCACCUGUAAACAAACUGAUCAACCUCACCUUCACUUCAUUUGUGCUUGAAGCACAGUCUGCUAAGACUUGCCGAUAUGAUUAUGUCAAACUUUAUGAUGGAGAUAAUGAAAAUGCCAAUUUAGCUGGCACAUUCUGUGGAUCUACAGUGCCAGCUCCUUUUAUUUCUACCCGUAAUUCCUUGACUGUGAAAUUUGUCACGGACAAUUCUGUGGAAAGGGAGGGUUUCAAUGCCACCUACACCACAGUGGAUCGACCAUGUGGAGGAAUAUAUAAUGCAACUUCUACAUCCCUGACCGCAACGUCUCCUAACUUCCCGAAUGAAUACCCACCAUUUACUCUCUGUACUUGGGUCAUCGAUGCCCCUCCGCAACAGCAAGUCAGGGUAGUGGUAGAGGCCUUCCACCUCCAUUCUGGCCAGGACUGUACUCAGAACUACCUGGAGCUCCAGGAUUCACCAACACACAGCCAAGGAUCAGUCCAUAGAUUCUGUGGCACUGAAACUUUUCCAGUCCCUGAAUUUUAUUCUUAUGAUCGCACUGCCAUCGUGACUUUCAAAUCAGAUGAAUACAUGAUUAAUAAUGGAGUCAGAUUUACCUAUCAAGCUACAGGAUGCAGCAGAGUGUAUAACCAGCCGUUUGGUUACCUGAAGAGCCCUGGUUGGCCUGGUCGUCACCCCAGUAAUAUGGACUGUUCUAUCAUUCUACAAGCUCCCCUGAAUCACACGAUUUCUCUCUUUUUCCAUGCUUUCAGCUUGGAAGACAGCGUACAGUGUUCACAUGAUUUCCUAGAGGUCAGAAAUGGGAGUGAUGUGCAAUCACCACUACUUGGCAGGUUCUGUGGAAACAGUGUGCCCAGUCCCAUCUUCCCCCAAAAUCACGUUGUCUACCUUCGUUUCAAGAGUGAUAUUUCAGGGGCUCGUGAUGGAUAUGAAAUUACUUGGACUUCAUCAUCAAAUGGAUGCGGCGGAACAUUAUACGGCAGCACUGGCUCAUUUGCUAGUCCCAACUACCCAGCAACGUACCAGAACAACACUGAUUGUGAGUGGGCCAUUACUGUGCCCAAGGGACAAAUUGUCACAGUGAACUUUGAUUUCAUCAGCAUCGAUGACCUAGGGGAUUGUGGUAGCAACUACCUGAUCCUUUACGAUGGGCCAGAUGCCAGCUGUCCUCCAGUCGGGCCGUACUGUGGAAUGGAUACGAACAUCGCUCCAUUUACUGCUACAUCUCAUCAAGUGUAUAUAAAAUUUCAUGCUGAAUAUGUGACUUUGCCAUCAGGAUUCCAUUUAAGCUGGAUGAGCUAAAACACUCUUUAUGAGAAAUAUAUUACCAUUCCUUGCUAUAUGGAAGAGACUUUAGAUCAUAAAAUAAGUUUGAAAUCUGGUUAUGACAAUUGCAGCUGAAGUAAGACCUUUUAAAAAUUACUGUAUGUGUAGUUGUUAUGAAUUUAACAAUGUCAAAAAAAUAUGUACUCCCGUUGUACUUAAAAUAAACUGUUAUCUACCCAACUGGGAAAAUGA